AUGUGGUCGAAAAUUUUCACAACGGUCAAAUACUCGCUGGUUACGGUGAACUUUCUUUUUUUGAUAACCGGUAUUGUUAUAUUAUCUGUGGGUAGUUCAGUGCAAUCGGCCUACAACGGCUACCAUGAAUUCCUUUCGGAGAGAUUCUUCUCCCUUCCAGCGUUCUGCAUUGCGACUGGGGUGAUUAUUUUUAUAAUCGCCUCCUUCGGUUUCUAUGGCGCCUACAUGGAGAAUUACUACAUGAACAUGGCGUUUGCCGGCUCAAUGAUUCUAAUGUUCGUAUUCCAACUGUCAGCGUGCAUUGCUGGGUAUGCUUUGAAGGGUAACGCAGUGGCUCUGGUCCAGCAGUCAUUGUUAAGUACAAUGGAUCUUUACGGCCCCGAUAAGAACUUCGAAGUCACCAAGCUUUGGGACGAAGUACAGCAAGACUUCUCUUGCUGCGGCGUCGUCAACUCCAGCGACUGGCUCGGCCCGCUGGGCACCACCGAAUCUCAGGGCGUGCCGGUCAGCUGCUGCAGCCACGUGUACGGCGCCGUCCAGAUCUUCACGUGCAACACCACAGUCGCCUACAGCACCGGCUGCUCCGAGGCGUUCGGCAGCUGGGUGCAGUCGCACGCGGCCGCCAUCGGUCUCACCGGCGUCUUCAUGGUGCUAAUGCAGGCAUUGGCGGUGGCGGGUGCCGUUUGGCUGGCCAAUAUAUCGAGACAGGAACACGCGUUCCCU